CUUGAUGUGAUGCAAUAAAGGAAAUCUUGUUAACAAAAUACCUGUCUUUCGGCUAGUUCCAAAAUCAAAAUUUAACUUUCUUAAAAAGAUUGGUCACGAAUGUCCGAGUAAAAGAAAUACGCGAUUGUGUACCUAUUUCUUAUUCUGCAUCAAUGCUAUAGCUUCACAUCUACGUAUCUCACUACUUUUUUCGAAUUAUUGUGUGGUCAACUUGAGGCCAUGAACGCUAGCGUUUUAGGGAAUGUGAGCGAUACGAACGGGACGAUUACGAACCUGGAGUUCAAUAUGGACAGCGUGAUAACGAAUUUAGCACUGUUUUUUUUGGCGAUAGUACCUAUUUAUAUAGGUUCUUUUCGUUCAACGACCAGUAAAAAAUCAACUGGAGAGAUAGAAGUUGUAUCUGGUAGUGAUGCUGCACUGUUUCCAUUUCUUGCAAGUGCGGCGCUCUUCGGGAUUUACAUAGUAUUUAAGUUUAUUCCCAUUCAUUACAUCAAUGCUGUUAUGAAGCUGUACUUUUCUUUUAUGGGUGCUUGUGCAAUGUCCCGUUUCCUGUCACCCAUUUUUCGCCCUUACAUGCCGAAAUGUGUAAAAAAUAUGCGCUUUAAGGUUGAGUUCUCAAGAAGUUUGGAGCGCUCAGAUGACUCGGAAUCACAAUGGAAAUUAUUGGACAAUGUUGACUUUUCGAUUGAGUCGAAGGACUUCAUAGGCACCGCCAUGGGUAUUUUACUUGGCAUGUGGUACUUUAUUACGGGACACUGGAUUGCCAACAAUUUUAUCGCAGUGACAGUCGCGAUUUUAGCCAUCGAAUUCAUAAGGUUGAACAAGUUUGUGAAUGGCAUACUACUUCUUUGCGGAUUGUUCGUAUAUGAUAUAUUUUGGGUGUUUGGAACCGGUGUUAUGAUGGCUGUCGCAAAAAACUUAGAUAUUCCAAUCAAGGUUACUUUUCCGCGUGAUUUCCUUUCACAUGGACUAUUCGGCAAACAGUUGGCCUUGCUUGGUCUUGGUGAUAUAGUUGUCCCAGGAAUAUUCAUCGCCAUGCUUCUUCGAUUCGAUACAAAACUUGGACGAAAGAAUAGCUACGCUUACUUUUACUCCGGAUACAUAGCCUAUAUCGCUGCUAUCGUAAUGACUUUCGUAAUGAUGCACGUAUUCAAACAUGCCCAGCCGGCUUUACUUUACCUAGUACCUGCCUGUUUGGGUGCACCACUGAUUAUGGCUUUAAUGAAAAAUGAUCUUGGUGCAAUGUUCAGCUAUGAAGAUGAACCAGGAUUGGCGACGAAAAGUCCGGAGAUUGAGUUGUCAAACAAAUCUAAGAAAAAUAAAUAAUAGAGUCAUUGGAAUCGAAAGAACUUUACUGUCCUAGUUUGUACAUAUAUGAUUUAUGUACGCAGUUAUAUUUUUGUGUCCAGCAUGUAACGUUUGUUCAAAAAGACAAAUUCAACUUUCUUGAUUUUAUCGCUUGGCUUAAAAAACUGUGAUGCUGUUUGUUUAUCUUGUAACAUCAAUAUUCAAAGUUCCAAAAUAUGUAAACAUUAAAUUAUUGUGUAACUAUGGCACCGAAUUAAAUUUACUUCCAAUCAUUAUCUUUAUUUUAUAAAAAUAUAUUUAAUGUAAUAUUUAAACAGUGCUAAUAAUAAAUUUACUUACUUGCUUA